AUGACUUCGGAAGGCCAUUGUGUUUUUGUGCUGGUCUACGUGGACGAUGUCUUGGUGACUGGAAGCUCGCUCGAGAUGAUUGCGCGCACCAAGAACGACCUCAAGACACGCUUCGAGAUGACGGACAGCGGCAAGUGUGCCUUUGUUCUUGGGAUCGAGUUAUUGGACGGUGAAGAUGGCAGCGUGACUAUGUGUCAGCGCCGUUAUGUCGACGAUGUCCUCAAGCGCUUUGGAAUGGAUGAGUGCAAGGCUGUGGCAAGUCCGGUGGACGUCAGCUCUCGACUGGUUCCGAGCAACUCUGCAAGCAAGGUGGAUGUCCCAUUCCGUGAAGCAGUGGGUGCUUUGAUGCAUCUGACGACUGCAACGCGACCGGACAUCGCGGAUAUGUCACCGUUGUUUGCUGUUCAAUGCCUUCGUCUUUGUAGAACAUUUGAAGCGAGUUGGUUGCGAGCUCGCAAGCUCCGUCGUGUCGCACAAACUUGA